AUGAGCACCCAAACGCAAACAGAGACAAUCGUGCUACAGACAAGAGCGUCCACCGAAGCGGCUCCAGUCGAGCAUGAAAUACUAGACUCAGGUCCCCCAGAAACAAAAUGGAUGUAUGCCAAAGUCCUCAGUGCAGGUCUAUCCUUUUUCGUCGCGGGGGUCAACGACGGAAGUCUAGGAUCGCUCAUUCCCUACGUGAUACGCACCUAUGAUAUCGGCACAAACAUGGUAGCCGUCCUAUACGGUACAACUUUCUUCGGUUGGCUAAUCGCCGCCCUAACAAACAGCAAAAUAACCCAGUACCUAGACCUAGGCCUAAUCCUCAGCUUGGGUGCCGCCAUCCAAGUUCUAGCCCAAGUACUGCGAGCCUGGGAACCUCCAUUCGCACUGUACGCGAUAACAUUCUGUCUCGCCAGCUUGGGUCAAGCUUACAACGAUACCCAUGCUAACACCUUCGUCUCCGGGUUGAAUGGUGCGCACCGAUGGCUCGGCUUUAUCCACGCUAUGUACAUGGCCGGGUGUCUGGUCGGUCCGUUUGUAGCGACGGGCGUGGCGUCUGCGAAUGUCGAUUCGAAGUGGUAUCUGUUUUAUCUUUUCCCGCUUGGUGUGGGCGUGGCGAAUCUUGCGUUUGUGAGUGUUUCUUUCCGGGAUCGGAUGGCUACUCCGACUGUUUUGAGGGGGGAGAGAGGAAGCAGAACUGCUUCGGAUUCUGCACUCAAGGAGAUUAAGGAUACUCUAUCUACACCUGGUGUUUGGCUGCUGAGUUUGUUUUUCUUUUUCUUCCUUGGUGCUAGUAUUACCGCUGGAGGCUGGAUGGUCGAGUAUCUUGUCAACGUUCGCAAUGGCGACGUCAAAUCAAUGGGUUAUGUCCCAGCCGGCUUCUAUGGCGGAGCGUUUCUAGGACGUCUUAUCCUCGCCGAGCCUACGCAUAGAUUCGGCGAGCGCAGAAUGAUCUUCAUUUAUGCCGUGCUGUGUGUGGGAUUGCAGUUGGUAUUCUGGCUUGUUCCAAAUAUCAUUACCGAGGCAGUAGCAGUCAGUCUAUUGGGAUUCUUCUCCGGUCCUUUCUUUGCAACGGGCAUAUCGGUCGGCUCCAAAAUCUUCUCCCCAGAGAUCCGCUCUUCGGCAAUCGCAUUCGUCUUCGUACUCGGCCAAAUUGGCGGUUCUGUCUUUCCCGCUUUGACAGGCAUCAUCGCAGGACAAGUUGGUGUCCAGGUUCUACAGCCCAUGCUUGUUGGUUUACUCGGUGCCGCUGGUGUGAGCUGGUUAAUCUUGCCUAAGGAUGCUGUCGUGCAUCAGGAUUGA